AUGAAUAAAGUGAUUCUUGAAGUCAAUCCUAAGCCCAAAUACAAGAAUCUUAUAAUCACAACAUUUGCUCGGAUGCCGGACAAAGAGGCCCAAAAUGUAGUUAUAGUUAUCACAGAAGACAAGUCGACAAGCAUUUCAUUCAUCCAAAUAUUACUCUUCAAAUUAACAUUACUUUUGGCUUAUUCAAAAUCUCAAAAGAGUGCCGACGUCUAG